AUGGCGAUGCUAAACUGGCUCUACACAGAUCUCGUCCCUCAACUGGAAGAAAAUCACGUGAUAGAACUUAUGCAUAUGGCGAAAGAAUUCCAGCUAAUCGACCUUUCCCGCAGAACAGAAGAUGCUCUCAAGCCGAUGGUAACGAGGCACAAUUGCGUCAAGUUCUAUCAGCUGGCGGAGGAAAUCGAGUCUAAAAGCCUCAUCGAUUACACUGGCGAAAUCGUCAGUCAACACUGGGAACAACUCGGCGCGAAAGAACUAGCCGCAGUGAAAGCUCCUCUCCUUUACGAAAUGCUGAAGAGAAAGUCCAACGAUCCUCUUCAUCGAGCUAUACGAGCAGAAAGAGAAGACGUGGUGUUCCUCUAUCUGAUUGAAUUCGACAGCCAAACUUCUCAAAAACUCAACGAAGCAAACGACGCCGGGCUCUUUCCUUUGGACAUAGCAAUAGCAGCGCAGAAUGAGUCGCUGGCGAAAGUGUUGACUUCUCACAAUGCGAACAUAAACAGGAAAGACAAACAAGGGUCCACCCUCGUCCAGCGUUAUAUCAGCGAGUCGAACAAAUGGGCUGUGGAAUUUCUUCUCGACGCUGGCGCGCGACUUGACCUUGUGGAUAAUAAAAACGAAAGCGUGCUGCAUUACCUAGCGAAAAACUCAAAUGUCAAUUGCCAGAAUGAAAAUGGCGAAACGGCGCUCCAUCAAGCAAUAGAAACGAACAACCUAGAUCUGAUUUCCCUUUUGCUUUCGCAGAAUCCGAAUUUGGAACUUGUCGAUGAUCAGCAACGAACUGUUUUGCUCAAAGCUCUUGAAUCGAAGAACGCGUCUAAAUUGGCAAAGAUCUUGAUCGAAGCUGGUGCCGAUUCUACUGCGGCGAAUCCGGAGGGUGAUUCUAUCGUGCAAGUUUUAAUCAAAGCGAAGAAAUUCAAACAGGCAGAGAUUCUCAUACAAUCGGGCGAUCCUGACUUGGAACAUGCAAAUAACGCUGGCGAGGCGGUUAUCCAUACAGUUUUACUUGAAGAUAAUGCCAAAUUGGUUGAUAUUCUAGUGGAAAACAGGGUCAAUGUGAAUUCGAUUAUGCCAGAUCGUGAGAUGAAAGGGCAAAUCAUCGGCGGCAGCGCGCUACAUUUGAGUCUACAGAUGGAGAGCGAGAAAAACACGAAGCUCAUUCUAAAUAAAAUGAAGGAAGAUCAACUCAAAAUUGAAGGGGAUAACAGUUCACGAUCUGCACUUGACCAGUGUCUGAAAAACCAAUGGACGGACAAGGCCGAAACUCUUCUUGAACUUGGAGCAGACGUAGAUCAAAUCCUGGGUGGAAAUCCAAUUCUGAUAAAUGCUUUAAAUUCAAGUGCCGAGAAGUCUGCGCUUUUCCUCCUUGGCAACGGGGCUGAUCCAAAUCUCGCGUCAUCUCUUAACGAGACUCCAUUAGAGUUAGCGGUGAAAAAUUCUCUUGGCCAGGCAGUUUGUACUCUUUGCAUCAACGGCGCUGAUAAAGAGAAGCCGGAUGUCAAUGGAAAUGUCCCUCUUUGGAAUGCUAUCAAUAUGGAGUUAUUCGACAUUGCCGAGACACUCGUUCACCAAGGAGCCGAUGUGAACAGCUGGUCAAAAACGGCAAAUGGGGCGGUAGAAUGGACACUUCUACACAGGACGCUAGAAAUUGGCAACGAAAUGGGAGCCAGUUUUCUGAUCAACAACCGUGCGGAUAUCGACGUCUCGCCCAAAGUUGAUAAAGACUUGUUGAAUGAGUUCGAAUUGACGCAAAAGGGAGACGAAGAAGAAAUCGAAAAACCUUCUGAAGCAUCAUCUUUUGGCGACAGACCAAAGACACUAGAAGAAAUCUUAAAAGGAGCUGGAGGAAAUUCGAAGAAAAAGAAGAAGGAGAAAUCGCCAAAUCCAUUCGGGGACGAUUCAGAUUCGGAUGACGAUAAUCCUUUUGGCAAGGACUCUGAUGAUGACGAAAGUUUUCCAAAAGAAAGCAUCUCCAAGGCAUCGUCUCGCGGCGGAAUCGUCCAAAAACCACCUCAGAAGAAAUACCAAUUCCCUCUUCACACCGUGGCCAGCCGCGGCUACUACAUCGUCCUGAAUGCGUUACUCGAUAGAAAUGUCGAUUUGAAUAAAGCUGAUUCUGAUGGAAACACUGCCAUGCACUUGUCGAUUAUUUAUGAGCAUAAGGAUGUGACAGAAAUGCUGAUCGACCAUCGGAACAUUAAUUUGCGCCUUCAAAAUAACGAUGGAUUGACGCCUUUUGCCACGGCGCUCAGGGUCAAGAACACGAAAGCAGCUGAGAGAAUUUUGGACAAAGAACCAACGACUGCGGAGCAAUACGAUCGCCUCGGUCGAAACUUCCUGCAUCUCGCCAUUAACGAAAAAGACACCGAGAGCGUCCUUUUCCUUAUCCAAGUUCGCGUGGACGUGAAUUCCAGGACGAAAGAUGGCGACGAGGCAACUCCUCUUCAUCUUGCGGUGAAAAUUGGGGACGACUUUAUCGUCCGAAAUUUGACUUUGGCCGGAGCCGAAGUCGAUGCGGUCGACAAAAUGAGCCAGACGGCGUUGCAUUAUGCGGCUGAGCGCGACUUGGCCGAGAUAACCAGGAUUUUGCUUCAAAAUGGAUGGAAACCCGAUCUCCUCGACGAAGAGGGCAAUAACGCGCUUCAUCUCGCAGCGAAGCACGACGCUUCACAAGUCACUCAGGUUCUACUCUCUGAGUCGUCCGUCGAUCCAAAAGCUCCCAACUCAAAAGGAAAAUGUUUCCUUCAUCUUGUCGCUUUCCACGGAGAAGACAACGCCGUUCAGCAGAUGAGUAUUCUCCAAGAAUAUUGCCCUGAUUACCCGAUAAACGAACAAGAUCUCGAUGGAAACACGCCUCUACUGAUUGCUUACAUGAACGGACAAGCAGCUCUAUGCGUUGCGCUAGCCAAAGCUGGAUCGGUUCUUGCAAAACCAAAUAGCGAAGGAAUAACAAUAUUCAAUUUGGAAGUCGCUACUAAAAGGUUGCUCAAUCGAGUUUUGGACCAGGUGGAGAAAGAGCCGCCAUGGGUAGAAACUGAUAGAUGCCAAAUUACUGACGAAAAAUUCUCGAUGCGACUCCGGAAACAUCAUUGCAGGCAUUGUGGAAGCUGCGUUUGUGAAAAGGUAUCGAAAAACCGUCUCCAAAUCGCGAAAUUCGGUUCUGGCGAGAAAUCCAUGCGCGUUUGCGAUAUUUGCUACGAUGUUCUGACACUCAAAGACGCCGUGAAAUCAGGCUACGCUCUUUGA